AUGCCCAUGGGUUCGCCGACAUCCAACCUGGUUGCAGAACUAAUCCUGGAGGAACUGGAGGAGGUCGCCUACGACCACUAUGAACCUGCAUCUUGGCGCCGGUACGUGGACGACACGUUCGUUAUAACUGAAAGGAGCAGACUGGCCGACUUUCAAGACCUCCUGACCAGCAUCUUCCCAGACAUUCAGUUCACAAGGGCAGAAGAACAUGCCGAACAUCUGCCUUUCCUUGACGUUCUCAUCACACGCACACCCAACGACGAACUCAACACCACGGUGUACAGAAAGGCGACUAACACGACUCAGAUUCUCAACUUACGCAGUUACCACCCAAUGGCACAUAAACGCAGCUGUGUUAAGACACACUCCCAAAGGUUAAAAAUGCACUGCAGCGAAGGAGAGGGACGAGUACGAGAACUUCGGUAUCUCCGGGACCAACUGGCAAGGAAUGGAUACCCGAACAGAUUCGUCAGCCGCUGUGUCCGCACGCGCGCACGGAAAACAAACGGAGCAGAGCCGCCAACACUCUGGCAGCCUCUACCAUGUAUUAAGAACGUGUCCGAAGUGAUGGAACGUAUCGCUGGAGAGCUCGGCGUGGGUAUCGCUCACCGCCCGAUAGCGACCAUACGCAGCAAAAUCAGGCGAGUAAAGGAUCGCCUAGACGUGGGAGAACGAUCGGGUGUCGUCUAUCAGAUCCCAUGUCGCGACUGCCCUCUCCACUACACAGGACAGACCAGACGACAACUUAGCUCACGAACAACAGAGAACAAACGGGCGGUCCGGAGAGGCGACCCGCUGUCUCAGGUCGCCACUCACGCCCUGGAGGAAGGCCACGAAUUGAACUUCGCGAGUACGUGUAUAGUAGCGCGGGCCUACACUAAGACAGGGCAAGAACUGUUAGUGGCCUGGGUGUCUGACAUUAACUCUAUCAGCAGGCACUUUGACAUACCCCUUCUAUAACGCGCUCCGUUUCCGCGGUCAAGAGACGAAACCCGAUUUCCAGCCAACGGUGCAGGUACGCCACCGUGAGACGGCGUGGGAAUCAACUUAUCGCGAAUACCACGCUCUGCACUCAUAUCUCCCCCCCCUUCAUGGUUUGACGAUAAAAACUGAUUAUUUUAUGUCUUAAUCUCACCGUCUCUGACAAUGGCCUCUUGCACAAGACCGACAGCUCAGCCUUAUACACCUACUGUCCCAAAGACCGUGUGUUCGUCUUCUUUACAACAUGGAACACAUUUAUUUACCAGGGUUCUAGGUUUUUAUUAAUUCCUUGCGUGUUUAAAUGUUGCUCAAAAACGUGUUAUAUGCCGUAAUAAGAAAGCAACAUGAUAAAUUUGCAACAGUUUACACAAUAGUUGCUUCAGACGACAUUUUUUAGGUUAGAUAUUAAGUAAAUUGUUUGUCCACAUAAAAAAUUUCACUUCGGGAAUAGAAAUCUCAACUUGUAAACUGUAGCCAAAAUAGUUUUUUAAAAGGUCAACACAUUCAUUAAUAAGUGUGGAGCAUGCAAUACAGAAGAGUGCAAAAAGUAAGUGCAAUUCAAUACAAAAUUACGUACAGAUUGUGCGCCCGCUAAUUAUUAUAUUAUAACAAUUUGACAAAGAACAGCAAAGAAAUUCGUCACAUCCCUAAACAGUAUUGACAAACAUGUGUUAUAGUCGCAUACAAUGAACUACCUAAUUACUAAAUUUGAUCGUCUCAUUGAAUGAGUGAAGAAACAACCCAAAAUAUUGAAAAUGUAGACUGUUGAGACAAUUAAAUGGCCGAUAUCCUUUACGAAGUUCGUGAUGUAAACCACCUAUAUGGUACUUAGGGCAGUCUGAUAAUGCAAUUAACCGGUGGAGCUGCUAGGAAUAAUGGACAAUUUACGAACGCAAAUUAAGCUAUAUUCACGAGGCCGUUUUGAUUGCAGAACUACCAACUGCAAAAAAUGCUCUCGAGUCCCAAUGUAUUGAAAGCAUGUCCAAGCUUUAACACCCCGAAUGCCUAGUUAUGAAAGGCAUGGUUGGUAUUAGGAACAAAAACAACCAAUACAUGCGCAAACUGACCAUUCCCAUUAAUGUCAAAUACAAAUGUGUUUGUAAAACAGCUUCCAUUUUAGGAAAUGCAAAUGCCUAGUCAAAAGUACGAUAGUAUGGGUGUCGUGAGUGUCGCGUCUGAAAAAACGCGUCUGUUUUGUGCUCUACGGCCUACUGAUUGAAAUUCAGCAUGCACUAUAAUUUAGUUUGACAUCUUAUAUAGGUUUCGAUCACAUUUUUGAAACAUGUACAAAACAAACUCUCAUACUUAGUGCAUUAAUACAUCGCAACUCCAGUGUGUUUGAUUACGACGUUGCUAACUUAAAAUGCAUAUUGCUAAAACGAAUAUUCUCCAACAACGUACAAUUAUAUUUUCCAUCUACUUAUUAUGGUAUCAGGGAGAGUUCGAUAUUGAUACAGUUCGAUUCAAGCAUACGCCGUACAGGCUUGUUCUAAAUUUGCUCAACCAGACGUACUUCGUGUCAGAUUGCGGGAGCUGAAACACGUACACUUUCAAACACGCUGGACACACGGGAGGCUGUCUUCCUGUUUCAGAUAUGCUGUACGUAUUGGCUACAAUCCUUCAUUAAUGUAGUUUUUAACAGUUGCAAUGCAUGUGGACUUUAAUUCUAACACUCCUGUAAGGCGAUUAUACUACCUGUUAGUAACCAGACUGCGUUCUCGACUGAAAUUAUGUUAUUAUCAGGUCUGUGCGAAGUAGGAACUAUGAAAUAUACCGGGUUAUUGCACUGGGUGUUAUGUUACGUUUUAGAAAAUAUUGAACGUGGAUGGUCCUCCGGCACAAACCUAAUAAGUUUGCAAUUUAAGCUUAAGUCAAUUAAUCAAUAGCCCUCCGAGAGCUUGCUCCUCUCACCAUAAGAUUAAGGUGCGCAGAAUAUUUCGUACCCAGCAUAACUACUGUCGCAACCGUCAGUGAUGCCUGAAGCCCUGACAGCCAUGUAUUUUUGUGCAUACCAUUGGUCUUUAGUUUAAUUUUAAAAUCAAUUUCACCAAUAGCUCUUGUCGCAUGCUGCUUUCCACCUACUGCAAAAUCGGAUGCCGUAAAAUCUUUCUGAAUUUGGUUUGGUUUGUAAAUUUCCAUAUUUGGCGUCAGGGUCAUUAAAUUACUUUCAUUUCCGUAGAGAAGAACUCCCGUACGCCACGCACAUUGGUCGUUUCAGGACAUAUUGACAUGUGCCCCGCAAACCAAUAAAGCAGGCAGUGUCCCACUGCACGUAAUGUUUAAUGAAAUUCUCAAAGGUGCUUUUGAUUUGGAAGAAGAAAUUAAGUCUGUUUGCACUGCUGCAUAUCCUUCAGCAUUACAAACUGUUUCGCCGUUCACUUUUUUCGACCAUUGACAAAACGCAUUAGGAAAAUUAACUAUAUACCUGGAUAGUAUGCGUUAUUUACACAGAGUUCUUAAGAUAUUGUUUCGAUGAAACAUUGGUAAUGUUUAGGCGCAAUAUCUCUAGAAUUCUUCGCUCUCUUGAACUUUUCGCAAAUAGGAACCAGUCAAGGUGGCAUUGUGUGUCCUGCUAUCCUAUUUGACUCUAGCCUUUUUAUUCAUAUGCCUCUUUUUCCGACCCCCAUCUAAGAUUCUACUGGGUAUUCAACCUAAGUGAGUUGCGUCCCCUUACCAAAACAAUGCCUCGUAUCCUACUAAAUCAAAAUCUACCAACUCAUCUAAAUACCAACUGGUACGUGAAGUGCAAGUGUCAACAUCAGUCGGGUAUUCAGCGUCAAUCACAUUCCUAUUGGCAUAACUAGAUUCAAGAAAGCAAUUAUUAAGCUAGAGUUGUAUGAAUUCCAUAUUAACGUAGGCAGUUACCUAUAGUAUGAGAAGAACGCCAUCAAUUGAUUACCGACUUCCGUAUUUACAGGUAAAUGACAUUCGUUAUUUCGCUAAGCAAUAUGCCGGGUUUCUUUUAUGUAAAACAUCAACGAAUACCUCAGUGAAAACGAAUUCCGACAGGCCUUGGGAUAUUCUUAAAUGUAAAUGCAUGAGGCUUUUAUUUGACCUUUUGCGUAAAAUACAAAUGCACUCAAUUGUUCCCUUACUGCAGGAAGUUUGUAAUUGAAUGCUGUCGAUAUAUGCAAAUAGCACUAUGUGAUUAGAUCCGUAGACUAAUAUGGUUGCAAUGGCAGUGUUUACUAUACAUGAACAGUAUAUGCCACUUAGCUGACUAAAAGGCAAGCAUUUAGUCAAUCCGUAUUUUACUGGAAUUUCUAGUAGAUUUAAAAGUAUGUGUUCUCCUCUGUCCUCUGUUCGCGCGGUUUGAUUAAAAAACCCACAUUCUCCUUCUCUGCGACUACGUAGUAGGCCGUCCGUUUAUGAUAGGAUACAACAAUGCUUUGAUGGAGUUCGUCGCAUUACGCAAUGAAUUGCAUUAUUCAUCUGCAUUAUUCCAUUAAAAUAUGCUUUUAUUCUAUAUUGACAUCUUGCGUUGCUUUUCGUUUAGAGUCCUCUCAGUCGCCGCAAUAA